AUGGGAGCGAACAACAUCACCUCUGUUUCCGAAUUCAUCUUGGUGGGACUCACGGAUGACCACAAGACACAGAUUCUGCUCUUUGUGCUAAUUCUCCUCAUCUACUCAUUUACCCUUGUGGGGAACCUUGGAAUCAUCAUGCUGGUACGGGCGGACUCCCACCUCCACACCCCCAUGUAUUUCUUCCUCACACACCUCUCGAGCGUGGAGAUUUGCUAUGUUACCAGCACCAUCCCGCAGAUGCUGACUCACCUUCUAAGAGGUCACAGAUCAAUAUCGUUAAUCCAUUGUGCCUUACAGAUGUACAUAGCUUUAUCUAUGGGUAUUGCUGAAGCUCUUCUGCUGGGUGUCAUGGCCUACGAUCGUUACUUGGCCAUCUGCCAUCCCCUGACGUAUGCCACUACCAUGGGAAGAUUGCGCCAGUUACAACUUACUUCAGCCUGUUGGGUAGUUGGCUUUUGUGUCAGUGUAGUAUGUGUAAGCCUCACCUUUAGCCACACCUUCUGUGGUUCCUGCUGCAUCAAUCACUUCAUCUGUGAGAUACCAAUGGUGUUGAAACAAGCUUGUGAUGACACCCGCACCACAGAAUUCAUCAUAUUUCUGUUUUCAGCUAUGAACAUUCUGGUACCCUUUUCCGUUAUCUUGAUCUCCUAUGGGCUGAUUUUGCUUUCCGUGUUCCAAAUGCGUUCAGCCACAGGACUGCGCAAGGCCUUCUCUACAUGUGGCUCCCAUUUAGCAGUGGUCACCUUGUUCUAUGGCACAACCACCUUUACUUACAUCAUACCUCAGUCAGGAAGGUCUCCUGAUACCGAUAAGCACAUUGCAGUGUUUUACGUUGUGGUCACCCCCCUUCUAAACCCGGUCAUUUACACUCUGCGGAACAAAGAUGUCCAUGAGGCAAUAGCUAAAGUGCUGCAAAGACUGGGCUUUGCUAAGAAAAAUUGA